AAAGAUCUUCGACCUCCUCGUCUUUCACCGGGGCAGGCACAACACAAGCUUGUCUGUUGGUGUCGGUAAAAAGAGACGCCUUCCUGCUGUGUGUUUAUGUGAACAACAACUUUUUCUGCCGGGACUAAUAGUUUUAAAAUUUUAAAAAUGGAAACGCAAGUUGGUGUUCGGCAGACAGAAAGCACAAAUUCAUCCGAAUCAACAGCGACCCGUCCAACAACAAGGAUGACAAAAACACAGAUCCUCACGUUAAUCUCCGUGGCCUCCGUCAACUUCAGCUCUAUGAUCUGCUACUCUAUAUUAGGCCCGUUUUUCCCCAAUGAGGCAGUAAAGAAGGGAGCCAGUCAGACGGUGGUUGGCCUGAUAUUUGGGUGCUAUGCUGUCUGCAAUUUAAUUGGUUCUUUAUUACUGGGGAAAUAUAUUGUCCAAAUUGGUGCAAAGUUCAUGUUAAUUGCAGGACUUUUUGUGUCAUCGGGCUGCACCAUUAUGUUUGGAUUACUCGAUCGGGCUCCAGCAGGAGCCACCUUCAUCACUCUGUGCUUUAUCGUGAGGUCUCUGGACGCGUUGGGUUUUGCUGCUGCCAUGACCUCGUCUUUUGCCAUGACAGCAAAAAUAUUCCCCAACAACGUGGCGACUGUUCUGGGAAGUUUGGAGAUUUUCACAGGACUCGGGCUCAUACUGGGACCACCGGUGGGAGGGUGGUUCUACCACGCUUUUGGAUACGAAGUCCCGUUCAUACUGCUUGGAUGUUUCCUUCUGAUCAUGGUUCCCUUCAACGUUUAUGUUUUGCCGUCCAUUGAGGCAGAUCCGUCAAAGGAUUCUUUCCUUCGACUUCUCACACAAACCAGAGUUGUCCUGAUUUGCUUUGUGAUAUUUACCCUCAGCUCAGGGCUGGGCUUCAUCGACGCCACUCUGUCGCUCUUUGCAAUCAAGACGUUUAAUCUCUCUUCUGGCUAUGUGGGGCUCAUCAUGCUUGGUUUGUCCUUACCGUACUGUCUGGCAUCACCACUGAUCGGUUACUUCACAGAUAAAUAUCCUGUCUCUAGGAAUGGAUUUACAGUCGCUGGAGGCCUCAUCACAGCUACCGGUUUUGUUCUGCUCGGUCCAGCUCCUUUUCUUCACAUCUCAAGCCAGCUGUGGUUGUUGAUCGUCAUGCUCGGUUUAAUUGGGUUUUCUCUGGGAAUGACUGCCAUCCCCACAUUCCCUGAGAUCAUCACAUGUGCAUAUGAAAAGGGAUUUGAGGAGGGACUAAGCACUCUCGGGAUGGUGUCUGGUUUGUUCGGAGCCUUUUGGUCGUUGGGGAUGUUUUACGGCCCUAUAGUGGGAGGUGUUAUCACACAGAACCUGAACUUUGAGUGGGCAGCUGCAGUUCAAGGAGGCAUGACGUUUCUGGCUGCCCUUCUUCUCAUGAUUCACUGUCUCUGUCGCCGAAAGCCACACAGCGUGCAGGAGGACGGUCAACACACCGAUGAAAGCACUCCGCUCCUGAACGGAUGUUUAGCAGAAUAAAAACAGUGCGUGCGUGUGUGUGAAGUUGGUGCAAUGAAGUCAUUCGUAUUCACUGAACAUUAGAGUCCACGUCGAACCCAAAGUGGACCUUUGUUCCGAGACCCUUCCGUGUAAAUAUUCUGUUUUCUAAGAUUUUACAUUUAAGGAAACCUCAGGGUCUGUCUGCGCGU